CCUCGUGUGUUGACUAAAAAAGUCCCUGGCUUUCGCUACUUCCCUCGCGAAUCGCGAUCCCCACCUUCCCCACUCCAAUGGCGACGGAGGCGGAGGCGCAGUGGGUGCUGACGGCCACGGGGCGGUCGCCAACUAACAUCGCCGUGAUCAAGUACUGGGGGAAGCGGGACGAGGCGCUCAUCCUCCCUGUCAACGACAGCAUCAGCGUCACCCUCGACCCCGACCACCUCUCCGCCACCACCACCGUCGCCGCCAGCCCCGCCUUCCCCUCCGACCGCAUGUGGCUCAACGGAAAGGAGAUUGCGUUGUCGGGCGGGAGGUUUCAGAGUUGCCUGAGGGAGAUCCGGAAGCGGGCUCGUGAUGUAGAGGACGAGAAAAAGGGGAUCAAGGUCAAGAAAGAGGACUGGGAGAAGUUGCAUGUCCACAUUGCGUCGUACAACAACUUCCCAACCGCUGCCGGUUUGGCCUCUUCGGCUGCUGGCUUUGCUUGUCUUGUUUUCACCCUCGGAAAGCUAAUGAACGUGAAUGAAGAUUAUGGAGAACUUUCUUCAAUAGCAAGGCAGGGAUCUGGAAGUGCAUGCCGCAGUAUAUAUGGUGGAUUUGUGAAAUGGUGUAUGGGAAAAAAUGACGAUGGAAGUGACAGUAUGGCAGUGCAGCUUGUUGACGAGUCGCAUUGGGAUGAUCUUGUCAUAAUCAUAGCAGUGGUCAGCUCAAAGCAGAAGGAAACCAGUAGCACCAGUGGGAUGCGAGACACUGUCGAAACAAGCCCCCUCUUGCAGUACAGGGCCCAGACUGUAGUGCCAGGUCGCAUAUUGAAAAUGGAAGAUGCCAUCAAGAAUCGUAAUUUUGAAUCCUUUGCCAGGUUAACUUGUGCAGAUAGCAACCAGUUUCAUGCUGUAUGUUUGGACACGAGUCCUCCCAUCUUCUACAUGAAUGAUACGUCACACAGGAUAAUUAGCCUUGUGGAGAAGUGGAACCACGCGGAAGGAACCCCACAGGUUGCCUACACAUUUGAUGCUGGGCCUAACGCUGUCCUAAUAGCACGAAACCGCAAAACAGCUUCGCUUGUCCUUCAGAGGCUCUUAUACUGCUUUCCUCCACAAGAAAAUGAUUUGGACAGCUAUAUGGUCGGCGAUAAAUCAAUCCUAAGUGACGCCGGAGUGCAAUCCUUAGCUGACAUCGAGGCCCUUCCACCGCCCCCGGAGAUGAAGUCACCGAGCCAAAAAUUCAAGGGUGACGUUAGCUACUUCAUUUGCAGCAGGCCUGGGGCUGGCCCAAAAGUUCUUACCGACGAGAGCCACACAUUGAUUGAUUCAGCCACGGGGCUUGCGAAAGGAGUGUAAUUUUUUAAUGAAGAUCACUGGUUUGAUACUGUUAGGUUAUGUAAUACUGGCUUUUGUGUUGAGAUUAAUGUAGAAUUGUCAUGUGUGUUGUACACUCUACUUCUCUAGUGUGGUAGAGUUGAUCAUGUAAUAUUUACAUCAUUUUGUCCUUGAUUGUUAUAGUGUCAUUGCCGCUUAAAGAACAUGCAUAUUUUUUUUAUAAAUAAAAGCUACUACAGUAAA